AAAGAGCAAAUGGCUUUGUGCCUGAAGUGUCAUGCAAACAAUAUAAUGAAGCUUAAAAUGAGGGAAGCUGUCACGAUGAGGCAGAAGAACCAGCACAUGAAGCUCAAUCUAAUAAAACGUUACAGAAGCAAAUGUUAGACUUUAAGUGCUGCUCUGCACAUGAAUGGCCUCUAGUAAAUAUUUGCACUCUGGUGGUAAUUUGUUUUGUUUUGCCCAUGGUCCAUCAAUUCUCUGUGCAUCACCUGCAUCACCUCUGUGCUGUAACCGCCACCCAGCUUCUGUUUUUAAAGGUGUUCUGUUUUUAAGGCUGCAGUAUUCUGGAGCAGCAAGGCUGUCCUGUGGAAUCCACUGGGCAAAUUAGAGAGAAUCAGUGAACUUUGUGGGGCUGCAUGCUCGUCCAGAUAAAAGGGCCUCCUUGAAGCGAUACAUGAUGAAAGGCAAGCAGACUUCUGCUGGCCCUAACAACCUUGCAUUAGAGCACUUCGGCUACAUUGCACUGUUCCGAUCUGCGGGUCACUGUAGCUUUCCCACUUUCUUAGAGUGUGACUUGUUUAUGGCGUUUCAUCGCUGCCAUAUAUUGAACGAGCAUAAAGACAACUGAGCGGGUGUAUUCAGGAACUGAGUGAGGAACCGCAGGCGCAAUCCUAACUGAGCAGUGAUCCUGAGCGCUCACUUCACUCCCGCGCUCGCUGGGUUAAGGGGGCGUUUUUGUCACUUGGGGGCGGUAACCUUUCUGGUUGAUCUGAUUGGCUGAAAUUUGCAUGUCAAAUCCAGCGAGGCAGCAGGGACAGGAAUUUCUUUUAGAGGCUUUAAUAGAAAAGAAACGUUGGCUGUAACGUGGAUUGAAACGUUAGUGAAUGCAGUGAUUUUCACAUGAGAAAAACUUACUGCACAAAAAACCCAAGACUCACAAGCUCACUUCACUUCUCCAUAUAAAUUCAACCACUUAAAUACUUGAAAUUUCCAUUUUGGUUUCUCUGCUUUCAUCGGCGCAGAUGUCUGAAGAACAGAUGCAAAAAUAAAUGAAACACUGUAAAUUCUGGUUAAUUUGGCUUUGGAAAAAUUCAGGCUCGGACCAAAUUUUCAAGUAGCUCAACUUAAAAAACAGAGAUUUAAUGUCACUUGAACUGUUCUUCAAUUUUAUUUUUUCAAUUGUACAUGAAAAUAUUUUUUGACCCCUGAACCUGCAGAGUAAAUAUACCCUUGCUUGUUAGUAACAUAAACUGCUAUAGGAGAUUCAUCAUAUGCGGUUUUCAAACACGGGUCAGCACUUCAUAAAAUGAACGACCUUGGGAGAAUUUCAGGCAGGCAGCUCAGCAGUGCAUUUACCUGUUUACACCUCCCCAUGGACGGUUCAGCCCAAUUGACUCGCCUGUUCUGUGACCUACUUACAGAACCAGGUGUGUGUUCUACGCCCUCUGUCAUCCAUUUCCGCGAGCACUGUGUUUGUCGCCGGUUCUCCGGGCUCGCUGUUCUCCUUCUUGCUUUUCGACAUGAUGUCUUCUCCCUGUCUUUUUCGGACAGCGAUCAUCUCCCCUCUUCCGAUGUGGAGGCGUUUGUCACCCCCACGUCUGCCCCUCCUGCUAACCCCUCUUCCGGUGGCUCAGCACCGCAGCUCCUGCUUCUCUGCCAAGCGUCUGAAGGACUGGCCUGCCCAUUGCAUCUUGGAGGCUCUAUACGUCCGGGGAGUCCUUGUGCCUUAUGGCAGGGGUAAAAGGGGUUUUUAUGACGAGUGGUUUGCUGAUGUCUGGCUGCCAGAAAUUUCGGAUGCUGAACACAAAUCCACAGCUUUAAUGUUUCUCUAAUUAGUCCACAAACUGGAUUAUGGUGUUCUGCGAUAACGCAACCACGAUGGUGAUUAUUAAUAAAGGACAUUCAAGAAGUGUCAUGAUCAGUAGUUUAAUGCUUCGGUUGACAUGGUUUAGGGGUUUGAAUAUCUUUAUAAUACAAGCAACUUUUAUCCCUGGCCAUAGAAAUAACAUUGCUGACGCUCUCUCUAGCUUCAAAUUCUAAGAAUUCAACAUUUUGUGUCCGCAAGCCAAUCCUCACAUUCUGCCCUGCUUUCAAGCAGAAGACACUCGACUGAGAGCAUCUCCAUUCAGAGACUUGUUGUUGUCUGCAUCUAUAUACAUGAGGUUUGGCCUGGCACUCCUCGUGAAUCGGUGCCGCUUCGACAGCUGCACUCCACAUGCCUAUUUCUACACUCAAAGCAAUGGAGCGAGGGUCCUCCUCCGCAUUCAAAGAUACAUCAGACUAAAAUCGAUCGACUGACAUAUAAGCAGCACAAAGGAAAAUAAGUUCUAGCAUUUUUGAUGUCUGAAUAUUUAUUUUAUGCCAGUUGGAAGCCUCGAAUAUAUGGGUGUUACUUAUGCUUUGUGUCGUCUUCCAGGUCUUGUUCCAUGGCAGUUCCAUUAUAUAUUAUUUUCCUAGUGGCAUCGUACUCGGAUGGGAGCGGCCCUAUGUUCAAAGAUGUCGGGCUCACAUAACAGUUCUGCUAGAUAGUGUGUUCCCUUUGAGGCACUGUACUCGGAUGUGAACAGCCCUUCGAUCAAAGGUGGGCACAGUUUAUCUGAUUUUUUUUUUUCUUUUUAACCAGUGGCCCCCAGGGGGCUCCGUAGAUUCAGUCUGUGUGAAUUUCUCAAAAAAGAUGGUUAAUUUUCCAGGUUUAACCAUGGGACAAACCAGAGGUGCAGCAUAGAGUAUCUGAGCCUCAACUCUAAAUGUUAAAACCCUCACCAAAUUUCUGUCCUAAAUUCAUAGUUUUACCUUAAAUUAUGUGGAGUUGUUCACCUCUGAUCUGAAGACUCCAGGUUCAGUUGUGUUGAACUGCCCUUGAGCAAGACACCACACACCACAGUGCCCCUGUAGGCGUGGCUAGCACCCUGCACAGCAGCUCUGCCUCCAUUAGUGUGUAGGUGUCACUGUAGAGCAUGUUGAAAGGGGUAACAAAGUACAGCAGGAAAUAUGUGGAACAAGGGAGGUUCCUUCCAAAUCUUUAUAUAACAUCAAUUUUUACAUAGCAAAAUGUUGCAAAGUCACCUUCUUGCAAAGCUGCUGCCUUCCAAUGCAGCCAGCAGGUGGCGCUGUGAUCCAAACAUCAGCUGAAGAAGGUGAUUGGAUUUGAAUCUGUGUGACUGCUGCCUGUAAAAAGCCUCACAAAGAAGAUUUAACUUCACUCAGCGUUUAUUAAAUCUACAGCCGGUAAAAAACACCGCCCUCCAUUCUCCCUGCAUCCACUAAUCCUGAUUACAACUGAAAGGGGGGCGUCUGCUCCCCCCACGUUCAACAGACUGAACAGACCACAGAGGACUGCAGCUGGAGUUUACAGGGCAGAGGGGAGACAAAAAAACCAUACAGAGAAGAUCAGUGAGGAGGAAACAUCAGGGAGGAACAAGAAGAGACAGACAAGAAGUUGGUGAAGAGAAAACACAAACAUAGGUAGUCCAUUGAGACAGUGGACAUGAGAGGAUGAAGCAAAAGGACAACUGAUCUUCAUCAUGGACAACAGAGGAAGGAGAGGAACAAACGGAUCCAUCAAAGACUCUUCCAUUACACGUCGGACAUCUUCUGGAUCACAGAAGGUCCACAGAGUGUGGGUGGAAAGGACCUUCUUGAAGAGAGAAUGUAUCCAGAUUGUUCCCAGCAAGGACAGCAGCAGGUGUAGUUGUGGUCAGCUGGUGGUGCAGCACUCUGCCAUUGCCAAGGAGGAUGCCACCCCGCAGGUUCAGCUGGAGUCCCAACCUGGAGAGAGAUGGAGUGCCCUCAAACACACAAAGACCUCUCCCACUGAUGCUUUUGGGGUUUUGGAGUUCCAGGGAGGUGGACAUGUCAACAAAGCUAUGUACAUCCGGGUCUCCUUUGACACCAAGCCAGACUCCCUGCUCCACCUAAUGGUGAAGGAAUGGCAGUUAGAGCUGCCGACGCUGCUUAUUUCUGUCCAUGGAGGCCUGCAGAACUUUGACCUGCCUCCCAAACUGAAGCAGGUUUUUGGAAAAGGACUAAUUAAAGCUGCUGUUACAACUGGAGCAUGGAUCUUCACUGGAGGGGUCACCACAGGGGUCAUCCGCCAUGUUGGAGAUGCUCUGAAGGACCACUCAUCAAAGUCCAGAGGAAAAGUCUACGCCAUUGGCAUUGCACCAUGGGGCAUUGUUGAGAACAAGGAAGAUUUGAUUGGGAAAGAUGUGACACGGCCCUAUCAGACGAUGUCCAACCCCCUUAGCAAGCUCUCAGUCCUGAACAGCAGCCAUUCUCACUUCAUCCUGUCUGACAAUGGGACCACCGGCAAGUACGGUGCUGAGGUUCGCCUCCGCCGACAGCUUGAGAAGCACAUAGCCCUCCAAAAGAUCAACACACGUUUAGGUCAAGGAGUCCCUGUGGUGUGUCUGAUCCUUGAAGGGGGUCCAAACAUCAUUUCUGUCGUCCUGGAAAGUCUGAGGGAGGAGCCUCCAGUCCCUGUAGUGGUCUGUGAUGGCAGUGGGCGAGCUUCUGACAUCAUUUCCUUUGCUCAUAGAUACAGCGAGGAAGAUGGGCUGGUGAGUGAGAGUGUCAAGGACCAGCUGCUGGUGACCAUCCAGAAAACCUUCAACUACAGCCGCAGCCAGGCUCAGCAGAUCUUCCUCAUGGUGAUGGAAUGCAUGAAGAAGAGGGCUUUGAUCACAGUGUUCAGAAUGGGUUCGGAGGGGCAGCAGGACAUUGAAAUGUCUAUACUCACUGCUCUGCUUAAGGGAACAAAUGCUUCUGCCUCGGAUCAGCUGAGCCUGGCUCUCGCCUGGAACAGAGUGGACAUCGCUCACAGUCAAAUCUUUGUGUAUGGACUCCACUGGCCCCCUGCAAGCUCCUUAACUACCGACCGGCCAAAAAGCCCAGCGACCCGUCGCCCCUCAGGUGCAGGAGGUAAAGGCAAAGCCCGAGGGAAGAAGGGAAAAGGUGGGAAAGCCAAAACUGAGCCUCCUGAAGAGACAGAUCCUCGUAAACUAGAGCUGAUGAGCUGGGUACACUCCUUGGAGCAGGCCAUGAUGGAUGCUCUGGUCCUGGAUAGGGUGGACUUUGUGAGGCUACUCAUCGAAAAUGGUGUCAACAUCCAUCACUUCCUCACCAUCCCCCGCCUGGAAGAGCUCUACAACACAAAAUUAGGACCAACCAACACGCUGCAUUUCUUGGUUCGGGACGUCAAGAAGGGGAAUCUACCACCAGAUUACCAGAUAACGCUGAUCGAUAUUGGAUUGGUGUUGGAGUUUUUAAUGGGUGGGGCCUACCGCUGCAAUUACACGAGGAAGAGCUUCCGGACGCUGUACAAUAACUUGUAUGGCCUUAAAAGGCCCAAAGCUUUAAAGCUGCUCGGCAUGGAGGACGAUGAAACCCCAGUUAAGGGAAAAUGGAAGAAAAACAAGAAAAAGGAAGAGGAACUUGACAUUGAUGUGGACGACCCAGAGGUCUGCAGGUUCCAGUAUCCGUUCCAUGAGCUGAUGGUGUGGGCUGUGCUAAUGAAGCGUCAAAAGAUGGCCCUGUUCCUGUGGCAACGGGGGGAGGAAGCCAUGGCUAAAGCUCUGGUGGCUUGCAAACUCUACAAGGCCAUGGCCCAUGAGUCGUCCCAGAGCGAGCUGGUGGAUGACAUCUACCAGGACCUGGAGAACAACUCCAAGGAGUUUGGUCUGCUGGCCUACGAGCUGUUGGACCAGUCAUACAAGCAUGAUGAGCAGGUGGCCAUGAAGCUCCUGACGUAUGAGCUGAAAAACUGGAGUAACUCCACCUGCCUGAAGCUGGCUGUGGCUGCCAAACACAGAGACUUUAUCGCCCACACCUGCAGUCAGAUGCUGCUCACUGACAUGUGGAUGGGCUGCCUGCGGAUGGGAAAAAGCAACAGCCUCAAGGUCAUUAUAGGGAUCAUUUUCCCUCCUGCCAUCCCACUUCUAGAGUUCCGUCUCGGGGAUGAAGCUUCCCAUCAUUCAUCCAAAGACAGUUCUGAUGGAAAUAAUAAAGACGACAACAAAGCUAGCAAGGACGCUAUGUCAAAUGCUGACACUGUGUCAAAGAAAGGAGAUGAGGAAAACCACAAGCACCAGAGGGUUCCUAUUGGCAGAAAGAUCUACGAGUUCUACAAUGCUCCCUUCACCAAAUUCUGGUUCAACACGAUCUCCUACCUGGUGUACCUCAUGCUGUAUAAUUACAUCAUCCUGGUGAAGAUGGAGCGCUUGCCCUGUCUGCAGGAGUGGAUUGUUAUCUCUUACAUCAUCACGCUGGGUCUGGAGAAAGUUAGACAGAUCCUGAUGUCUGAGCCGGGGAAGCUGAGGCAGAAGUUUAUUGUUUGGUUAGAGGAUUACUGGAACAUUACAGACCUGGUGGCCAUCUCGGCCUUCCUACUGGGCCUCCUGCUUCGGGUGCAGAGAGAGCCCUACAUGGGCUAUGGACGUGUCAUCUACUGCGUUGACAUCAUCUUCUGGUACAUUAGAGUCCUUGACAUCUUUGGAGUCAAUAAAUACCUGGGGCCCUACGUCAUGAUGAUUGGAAAGAUGAUGAUAGACAUGUUGUACUUCGUGGUUAUCAUGCUGGUGGUGUUAAUGAGCUUUGGUGUAGCUCGCCAGGCCAUCCUCCAUCCGGACGAGGAGCCCACGUGGAGACUGGCUCGCAACAUCUUCUAUAUGCCGUACUGGAUGAUCUACGGAGAGGUGUUUGCAGACUCCAUAGAUCUUUAUGCCAUGGAAAUCAACCCUCCAUGUGGAGAGAACAUGUAUGAUGAAGACGGGAAGAAGCUUCCUCCUUGUAUUCCAGGAGCCUGGCUCACCCCUGCCAUCAUGGCCUGUUACCUUCUGGUAGCCAACAUCCUGCUGGUCAACCUGCUCAUCGCCGUUUUCAACAACACCUUUUUUGAAGUGAAGUCCAUCUCCAACCAGGUGUGGAAGUUCCAGCGUUAUCAGCUGAUCAUGACCUUCCAUGACCGCCCCAUCCUGCCGCCGCCCCUCAUCAUACUCCCUCACAUCUACAUCGUUCUGAAGCGACUCUGCUGUCGCUGCAGACAAAGACCGGAGGGGGAGCAUGAUGAGCGCGAGAGGAGACUACAGCUGGUGCUGAACGCAGAGGAGUUGAAGAGUCUGCAUGAGUUUGAGGAGCAGUGUGUGGAAGAAUACUUCAGAGGAAAAGAGGAUGAAAAUCAAUCAUCCACAAAAGAGAGGAUACGCGUCACAUCUGACAGGGUGGAGAACAUGGCCAUGCGUCUAGAGGAGGUCAAUGAGAGAGAGCACUCCAUGAAGGCCUCCCUACAGACGGUGGACAUCCGUCUGGCCCAGCUGGAGGAGUUCUCCAACCGGAUGAUGAACGCUUUGGAGAAGCUGGCAGGAGUGGACCGAGCCGAACUGGUUUGCUCCAGAGGAUCAUCCGUGUACCAACCAUCAUCACUGCUGCGGCACAGCAGCAUUAGCAGCGCUGAUGGUUACAGCAUUUACCGAUACCCACUGGAUGAUAAGACAUCUUUGGUUGGGGACGUGGACGACAAGGCCGUCCGUCUGAGCCCAGAGAGACAGUCAGCAAACCUCGAGGGAGGAGGCCUGGCAGGUGAUCUGAAGGAGUCUAGUGCUGCUCUGGAUGCUGGAGCACUGAGGGACAGGACUCAGUCUCUACUGGUAUCUCCAGACAUCCGGAUCUCACUCUGCGACCCAGACCGCAGACCCCCCCACAGUUCUCCCGGCACCCCCCAGGCCACUGAUGAUGACCAGUCGACAAAGAAGAGCCCACUUGAGGCAACUGUGUCUUAUCCACUGGAGAAGACAAGGGUCACACAAUAUUUAUCCUCUCUCCCCAUGAAUACCAGAAAUUCUGUUAGCAGCAUCAUCUUCACUCCCCCCCAGCAGGACCAGGAGAGCCCCACCAAUCUUUUCACAGCCCCAGUGACUGUAGGAAGGAAUAAAAGUGCUGAGCAGGAAUCCAACUUGCCAACUGUAAAGCACCAGAAUGAGGCUUUGGAUGGUAAUUAUGGGAAGAAGGAGGAGCAGGAGCUUCUGGGAGAGGGCAGGAUGUACCCAACAAUGCGCUCCAUGAGCCUCAACCAAAGACAUCCGAGAAAGGAAGAUGAUAACAAACCUCGCUCAGCUGGGAGUGUCAAAAACCUGGCUUCAGCGUUCAAGUAGCAGCACAGCCUACAGACUGGAUUCAAGUGCAAGUAGCUUCAUUGCUGAUCCCGAAAGACAGAGGGGAGCAAUCAGUUUAUCAUAGAUCUUUCCAAUGCAUCGCAACUAAUGCAAACUAUACUUGUUCAUGUAUUUGUGUACAUGUUCACGCAACUAACUGAAGCAGACAGAUGAGAGGAAUCUCUUAUUUUAACCCAACCAUUAGAGGAUGUGGUUCUGGUAAAUGAAGCUCAUCAAUCAUGAUGCAGGUGUUGACCUCCAGUCCUUGGCAGUCAGCACGCCUGAUCCAGGUGGGAGGGACUACUAAAAAGACCAGGAGGACAUGGGGGGACUGCAGUCUUGCAACUCCACUUAGAUCCCAUUGAGGAUAUACAAAUUCUUUUUAGUGGAGAGCUAAUCCUCAGAUUAGAACAUUCAGCCUUUUUAAAGAUAAGUAGAAUUAACAUGUCAAUGAUUUUCAGAACCUGUUUGUUGUAGGUACAGUUUUUGUUUCUAAUGUGGAUUUGGCUAGACUGAAUAAAAGAUUAACAAAGUUAGCAUUUAA